CGAAAACAUUGAAGCUCUACAAAGCUCUCAGCCUUCAAAGACUUUCAAGUUCCAUUAGCUCCAGAACCGAAGAUAGAGUCCAUCUUAUUCUCAUCUCACACCUUUGUCCCCCGGCAAUACUUCCAGUCGUCGCUCGAGCCCGCAUCCAAGACAUGGAUCUACAGCUCUACAACCCCCUCAGCGGUACCUCAUCAUCAGCAUCACCACCAAGCAACAUAUCCAUCGAAUCAGCCAUCACCGGUACAACUCUAGCACCAUUCCUCACCGAGCUGGAGUUUGACAGAUUAGCUAUAUCACCCGAGACUGUCCAACAAUUCAUGGAGUUGAAUCGCGAGACUUUAUUAAAAUUUGACUGUAUCAACAUCGUCGCUCCCGCCAGCUUGAGAUCAAGAGUUGCUUUCGGGAAUCACCUUGAGAAUAUCAACUUCGAUUUGAGCAACCUGCCGGACGGUUCCUUCUACAAGGUAGCACCCCAAGUCGGAUGGUUAAUUGCUACUUCUAGCUGCGCGAGACGGCUUAUUGUGAAGGAUAAGUUGAACAGAUCGUCGAACAGAAGGAACAUCACCCCGUUCGACUUCCGUGAGAUUCAAAGAUGCCUUGGCUUUAGACCGAAAGCAAAAGCAAUGUCUGAUGGCAUGUAUUGGAUUUGGAAACGGGAUACAGUUGACAAACUUUGUUGGACUUGGUAAAAGUCUUAUUUCCUUGUUCGGGAG